CGUGGUAUGUUUUCAAUACUUCUUUCUUUAUGCAGUUCGUUGCCAGGGGCAAUGAUUAAUUUGUGUAUUUAAACUGUGUCACAUACACAUAAUUUCACUUUAAUACUGAAAGUCAUUCGGGGAAGUUAUUUAAGUGCAUAAGAGGCCAUCAUAAUUGUCUGCAAUGUCUAAAUCUGAGUGUGAAAGUUUUCAAAGUGAAGAAAAUAUGUUGAAGAGGAAAUUAUCAACCACCAACAGUGAUCUAGACUUUGAUCCCGAACCAUACAAGGUUCGCAGAAAAACAAGAAACGACUCAAUUAAUGAAAAGGUUCCAGGAGGAGUAUGUGAUGAUGAAGACAUGCACUAUUUGAGAAUGAAGAUAAAUAGUCGAGAGAGGAAACGAAUGCAUGAUUUGAACUCAGCCCUCGACAAUCUCAGGGAAGUCAUGCCGUACGCACAUGGUCCGUCGGUCAGAAAACUUUCCAAGAUUUCAACUUUGAUGCUAGCUAGAAACUAUAUCCUGAUGCUGAAUAAAAGUGUAGAAGAACUGAAACAGUUACUUGGCGAUGUCUACCAGCAAAAAGAGCAGCAAACAGCUAGACUGCAAAAUCAAAGGAACGAUCGAGUACUUAACCCAAUUCUGCAUCCAACCGCACUCCUUGCACCUCCACCAAUCCAUCUGGUUCGACCGAGUUUGCCACCUCAGAAGUCUCCACUGUCAAUCCCAGAUUCAAGACUCCCAGUUAAGUUCGACACAUCGUUGUUAUUAUCAACUCGACAUCCUCCUGCGACGCAUUCGUCAUGGUCUACAAGUUCAUGUUCAUGCUCCAAUUGUACGAACCCAUUGUCGUUGAGCGCUUUUUCAAAGGUUGGCCUAAAAUUGGCCAAAAAAUAAUAAAAUAUCGAUAGAAACAUUUAUAUAUUUAUCAUACUGCCAGGCUGUUUUUAAAAUAAUUUAAAUAGUGAGUCGAGUAUCACUAGAUACAAAAGAGGUUCAGUGGAAUUAUAUUUAUGACAACGUUCAGUAAGCCUUGAUAGAACUCUUCGCACAAUAAGGUGAUAUGAGACGAUUUUUAUUUAGUCGCGAUUGUUUUUGCUUCGUACAUUUUCAAUAGGGGGCUACUGGUGUGCGAGUUUUUUUUAGGGGGACAUGCACCCCACCCACUCACUCCUGGAUACACCACUGGACAUAAUUGAGGAUAACCGAUUCCCUAACAUUUAGUCAUCAGUUUAGUAUAGAAAUUAGACCUAAUAAUUAAAUUAUGCUAUAUACGUUGUGAUUGUUUACUGUACGUCUAUUGUUAUCGCAGACAAUACCUAUAAAUUUUAUGAAAUGAAAAUCAAAAUUGUUAUAUAACUAUUUAAGUUGUAAAAUAUGUAAAUAUAUAUAUUUUAGUAAUGCGUUAGGGCCUACAAUAAAGUAAUGAAAAAUAGUUAA